CACUGUAUCAGCGCUUGUAACAAAAAUUCUCAUUUCGAGUAACUCAUGUUUCCGAAAACAUUCUCAAUAAUUAGAGGAAUUCUGUUAAAUUUUUUACAGAAACGCCAGAAAGUAUCUCAAAAUGACAUCAAUAUUAUCACAUUAUCCCGUGUUUGUUAAUAACUAUACAAAUAUGUACAAACCAAAUCUUAUAAACCAUAAUCUGAAAUCAACUGAUGAAACCAACUUCAAAUGUGCAAAUGGCCCAACUUACAAUGUUGAUUUAUUACAAUGGCAAACGAAUGCAUCAAGCAGUUCAUUGGAUCGGUUACGACUGCGCAGUAAUCGUCGAAAAGAUUAUAUUCGUGAAAAUAUUCGUCAAUUAAGACAAUUAGAAGACACUAUAACAUUUAAAAAACGUGUUGCAGAACAAUGCGGUAGAUCAGUUCUCUCAACAGAUCGUACACAAAACAAUACGUGCAACAAAUUCAUCACAUGUCAUCAUACACAAACUAGACAUUCUCAAUCCAAUGAAAAUCCUAUAUCUUCGGAGGCUGGAUUUAAUAUAUCAAGUCAGUCAACAUCGAAAAUUGUCCCAAUCAAAUCUAGUAAAGAAAAUAAAUAUAAUAUUGAUUUAAACAAAACUGAUAAUCACAAAUAUCUACAGUCAAAUAACUCUUCAAUAUCUACACAAACUGAUAAUUAUGUAAAUCAGGCUAUUCCUCCACAAAUACCAAAUUCACAUAAUGUUCCUUCCAAAACUAAGGAACAAUUUCAUCAAUCUUUAUCACUAAGAACAAAUAAGUCAAAUAAAAAAAUACAACGAACAACAUUAACACCAAUUCAAUCAAUUAAAAAAACAGAAUAUUUACGUGCACAUUCUCGUGAUAUUGAAGAUGAAGUUGAUCUAAAAUAUUUAAGUAAUAUACCUAUUUCACCUAUACAUAAACAUUUGAAUUCAGCUAAAACAUCUGUACCAAAAGCUGAAUCAGCUAAAAAUGUUGAAUUUAUCAGACGUGAUAUUAAUUUUGUUCGUGCUAAUGCCCAUAUGGCAGCAGUACCAAAUGUAAAAGGAGCUGGAAUUCGACGGAUAGCAAGUAUGAAUUCUUUAUCGUUGAAUGAUAAAACUCAUCUAACGGAUUCAAAUAUAACAAAAUCACAAUUAUCGCAUACAUCAAGAAUGUGGCCUGAAAGACGGUUAAAAAGUGGGGUUAUCCCACCUUACCUAAUCAAAAUGAAACAAAAAGAAAAAGAACGGAUUCAAAAAGAAUUGGAAAACCAGCCUGAUCCAGAUCAACCUCCAGGACAUCAGAGAAUGCCAGAACAAGAACGUCUAAAUACAUUAGAAUUGCUUAACAAAGCUCAUAAUCAGUUGUCAGAAGAAUUUUCUCACCUUCCAGUACGUAUGGAUACAUUGAGAAUUCGUUCUAGACGUGCAGAAAUUGAAAGUCGUCUCAGUGAAUUAGAACAAGCUAUUGAAAUAUUCAGUAAACCGAAAGUAUUUAUUAGACCUGGUUGAAUACAAAUAUGACUUAAAAUAAUAUGGUCAAAAAUGUAUAAAAUAUUGUCAUGAACAAUUUCUAUUGUAAUCAGCUGUACUUCAUAUCAUAUAAUGAUCGGAUAUUAAUUUUGAAUCAUGUAUUAUUUGGGUGAAUAGUUUUACAGACUUUCUCUUCUGGCAUAAUUAGUUUACCAUGUUGUCAUUGUAUGUGUAUGUAUGUUGAUUCUCUCAAUCAAUUCACAUAACUAAAGAAAUUCAAUGAAAUGAAUAGUAUUAGUUAUUUUGAUA